AAAUUCCGAAAAACGCAAGAGCAAGAGCAAAAGGCAGGCCAAGAGCAGUUGGUGUGGAACAUCGUCUUCGGUCGUGUGUGCGCUUUUGUAACAAUAAUCGUCCGUCGUCUUUUUUUGGCCAGAGGAUCAGAGAUUGUGUGUGUCACGGAAUAGUGGUCCGUUCCGGCCCGUUGGAACGAUCCCGCGGAACACGGUACGGCGGCGCUGUCGCGGCUCGCACUUCCGGCACUUGGGCAGUGUGCGGCUUCCGGUACGGGCGCGGAAAAGGGCCCGCGGAUUCGUGGCACGGAAAUCGCCGCGGCGAACCCCGGGGAAAAUUGUGUGUCUAAAAUGGACGCAACGUCGUAGUUGGAGCGAGCAGUGCAGCCGAGUUCCUUUCUUCGGCCCGAGUGUAUGUGUGUGCGUCCGUGUGUUUGUGUAGUGGUUCGUAGAAGGAAGAAAAGAGAAGCGACGAAGGAGAGCGAGAGUGAGAGAGCCUGAUAAAGGAAAGAGAGCUGCCCCCGUAAACGAGGUGUCAAAGUUGGUGUGCGCGCGCUCUGAAUGAGUGCGAGUGAGCCAGAGCAUCAACGUGAAUGAGUGUGCGGUGUGUGGGAAUGUGAAACAAAACCUCUCGGUAGAAGGCAACAAGGAGUGAACGAAAAAGGGAACAACAAGAAGUGAACCGAUUAAGAAGAAGGGAGUGAGGGAAGAAAGAGGGAGCAGGAAGAAGAAGCGAAAAGUCAGAGUGUGGAAAUAUAGCGAAUAAAAAAAAAGAGUGUACAAAGAGAAGAAAACGAAAGAAGCAAUGGCUAUAAAUUUGAUAGAUAAGAAAUCUUCCUAUUUUGUGUGAUUUUCAAACAAAAGUUUCGUUCAACUUGUUACGUCGCGCGGGGGAACCGGAAUUUGAUCCCGCGGAUAACGAGGGCGCCGGGGGCUGCCGGAAUUGAGCAAAGUUUGGCGUGCAAGUCUGUGGUGGACGGCGGCGGCAGCAGCAGCCGGAUCAUCGUCCAGGAUUAAGUUCCAGCUAGUGAAAACGAGAUUAUUAUGGAAAAGGCGAAAGCCUACAUCAAGAACGAAUUACGUGGGGGCUCCCUGGCGUCGCAUCCGGAGCCCCCGCCAGCCAAUCAGCAACAACAGCAACUCCAUAAGCACCAUCAGCAACAACAACAAUCCCAGCAACAACCGCCAGCUGCCAGUUCCGAUGACCCUUCCAAUAUCUGCUACGUGUGCGGGGCGCGCGGUGCCCGGGACCAGUUCUACCUCCGCGUGCGGCCAAACCCGGAUCGGCCCAGCGAUCCGUACUUUCCGCUGCUCGAAACGCACCAACCUCCGGCCGGCGUGCCCCAGUGGACACCGGCCCAGGUAGGGGUGCGCUCGUGCAAUCUCUGCUUCACGACCUUCGCCAGCCAGUGGGACUACCACGAGCGCGAAGGCAAACCCAUCUCGCAGAGAUUGUACUGGCUCAAGCGAACCGACGGCAAAAGCUACAUCGGCGCGGAAAUGUCCACCCAGGGCGAGUACGCCACGCAAGUGCUUGGCCUUAACCCGGAACACGUGCCACCCGGCAAUGACCGUCGCUCGCUCACACCUCAGUCGCAACAUAUGAGUUCUUAUGGUAGAAUCGAAAGUCCCAACAGCUUGGCACGGCCACGAUCGCAAGAUCAUCCCGCGACGGGGGCACCCCCGCAACAUUAUCAAGUAGCUAGAAACGAUAGUCCAAUCCGGUCCAGUUCGCGGAACGAAUCUCCGCAGGGUAAAACCGAACCGUACCAUCCGACAAAACGGUACAUCGAAAACCACAUCAACAGCACCAGCCAGCCCGGCUCGCGGCCCUCAAGCCGCAACGAAAAAAGCGUCACCCCACGGCCAAUGUCCCGCGAGAACCCCUCGCCGGUUGCCGCCCCUCCCGCCACCACCGCAACCCCAAACACCACCGCUUCCGCGACGGCCUCCCCCGUCCUGGCGAGCCGCUUCGACGGCAUGAAAAUGUCCUCGUUCGCUCACCACAAGCUCAAAAUUGGCACGUACGCCAGCACGCUAGCUGCGGCAACGAACCCAACCCCGUCUUCCGGUGCAGCGGGUGGUGCGAACCCGGCCGCCGACACCAAGUCCUCCUCGUCGACGUCGUCCUCGUCGCAUCGGCUGGAGGAGGCGGAGGGCGCGCUGGACCUGCGGAAUUCGUCGCUCGGGCCCGUCGGACCCGGCACCGGCACCGACAUCCUGGACCUCUCGAUGCCGGACAAAAACUCGAUGACCGAGGUGUGCUACGUGUGCGGGGACGAGCAGCGGCGCGGCAGCCUGGUGGAGAUUAGUACGGUGAAGCCGAAGGACAGCAAGGACCAGGAGAAGGCGUUCUUUCCGAUCUUUGAUGAAACGCACGCGAGGCCCGCCCGUUCUCGACCAAAAGAUCCCAAAGGGAUGGUGCAAGCAUGCAAAGCAUGUUACCAGUACCUUAUCAACCAGUGGCAGACGUUUAACGUUCGAUACGUACCGGAGAGUCAACGCAAGUACCAGAUAAGGAAGCGCCAGCCGACGCAGGAGCGGGCGGCCACGUUCGUGUGCUACACGUGCGGUUUCGACACCCCGUCGUCGCAGCUGCGGCUCGUCUACUGCUGUCCAAACGCCGAACGGGAGCCGUACUUUCCCUUCAUCAAAACGAUGAAAGCACCGGCCAAUGCUAGUCCGAUAAGUCCACAAGGUAUGGUGCAAAUAUGUUCAACGUGCAAUAAGAAGAAUCAUCAUCUGUCGGAGGGUGGCACCGUAAGCAAUGUUGAAGAAAGGUAUCCGUCUCCUACGAAAAUGACGCCAAGUGUGAUAAACGAGGUUGUUCGAUUUAAGCCUUAUGAAUCUGCCUCUGCUCCUUCCGGACCGCUGCGGGACCAGAAGGACUUCCGAAGAGAUUCAAGACCAAAUACACCGCCUCACUCUCAAGGACCAGUUGAAAACGGUCAUGUUUUUUCAUGUUACAUUUGUAAGAAUAACUUCCCCGCCCAAUCGAUGGAGUGGCUGUCGACCAGUGCCGAGCACAUGAAUUCGCAUGCAAUGCAUUUCCCCUGCCUGAAAGGCAGCAACGACCAGGGCCCGGGCCGGGUGCUGGCGUGCAAGGUCUGCGUCAACAACCUGACCGUCCAGUGGGAGACGAUGGACGCGGACCGGGUGCCGCUCGAGCACCGCAAGUACAUCAUUCCGUCGCCGACGCCGAACGCGGUCUCGCCGAGCGGGGGCGGUGGCGGGGGUGGUGGUGUUGGGGGUGUCCCCGGGCAGCACCGGGCGCCGAUCGCACUGGCCACGCCCCCGACCACGCCGGCCGGCUCGAGCGUGGCCAGCACGUCGGUGUACUGCUUCGUCUGUGGCCUACACUCGGAACUGAGCUUCGCUAGAUUGUUAUACGCCAACAAAGAGGGUUCUCGACCGUAUUUUCCCUUCCUGUCCAAACACAAGUCACCUCCCAACGCGGAACAGCUGCGCGAAGACAGCUCGGCGUUGGUCUGUACAUUUUGUUAUCACUCGCUGUUGAAUCAAUGGCGGAAAUACGACGCUCAAAACACGGUACCCCCGGGCAGCCGGGAGUACAACUUCCACGACUACUGCUGCCACCUGUGCGGGAUCACGACCUACCGGAAGCGGGUGCGGGCGUUGCCCAUCCGGGAGUAUCCCUUCGUGGCGAACCGGAAAAGUGACGGACUGCUGCUCGAGAACGGCGACUACGCAGUGGUCUGUCUGGAUUGCUACGAAGGGUUGAGGCAACAAUCGGCCGAGUACGAUCGGUGGGGAGUGGCGAUCGAGAAGCGGGAGUACAACUGGGUCGCGCAGCCGCCGCCGCCGGAGGACAGUCCGGAAGUGUCAGUCGCCCGCCUGCCGAGCGGGGAACGGACCGAUAAAGUUAGUAAAAAUUCUCAAGUAGGCCUACGUCCAAUACCAAAUAAGAAGAACUGUUCUCCAAAGCAAGUCAGUAGCGAUAAGCAGCGCGAUUCACUUCCCACGAAGCUGGCCCAGAAACGUCCCGCGACCAGUCCGGCCCCGCCCGUCCCGUCGCCCCAGCUUCCCCCGAUGCACCACCAUCCGUCUUCCGUGUCGCCAAUCUCGAACCACCUGAACCAUCUGCCCCCGUCGUCCGGCGGGGCAGGUUCGACCAUCCCGCACAAUACUCCCGUGGGCGUGGUCCAGCCCUCGCCGAAUGCGGCCGCCCAGAAUGCUUCCUCGGCCAACAGUGGUGGUGGCGGUGGCAACAGUCGGGGUUCGUUUGCGGCAGCGCUGCGGAAUUUGGCCAAACAGGCCGACGUUAAGGACGAUGAGCCUGGAGGUGGGGGAGGAGGAGGAGGCGGCGGUGGUGGAGGGGGAGGAGGUCCCGACCGGUCCGGUUCCGAUCGGCAGGUAGAUCGUCGCUCGCAGAUGGAAGACUCCCGGGGCAACGCCAUGUCGGAGAGUCGGGCGAGGAGUGCUGCGGAAGCGGUGCAGCAGCGCGUCAACAACGAGUCGAAGAAACGUUCGUCGCCGCAACCGCCGGAGAAGAUUCAACGGCUCAAUCCGGGCUCGGCGGCGAGUGGAUCGAGCUCGUCGGGUGUGCUCAACCCGGAGAUGUUGGCACGGAGUGGCUUCCAGCCGUACAGGCCCGACGAACGGCUGACCCAUCCGGCCGGACCGUUUCCGAUGGACGCGUACGGUGCCGCGUUCGGGUCGAUUCCCGGAAUGCCGCCAGGCAACCUCUUCAACCCGGCCGCGCUGGCCUACCACGAUCCGGCCAUCUACCUGGAUCCGCGCUUCCAGAUGCUGCGGGCGGCGAAUCACCACGCGGCCGCCCACCCGCUCUACUCGUCGCUUCCGUACCCGCCAAAUCUGUACGCGGGGAUGAUUCCCGGCAUGGGCAUGCAGGCGCAGAGCAUCCACGAGCACCUGAAGAUGCAGGAGGAGGAACGGCGGGCCCGGAUGCGGGAAGAGGAACGGGCCCGGGAGGCACGGGAAGCGAUGGAACGGGAGAAGGAGAUGCGGGAACAGAGGGAGAAGGAACAGCGGGAAAAGGAACAGCGCGAGAAGGAGCAGCGGGAGAAGGAACAGAGGGAAAAGGAGCAGCGGGAGAGGGAGAUGCGAGAGAAGGAGGAACGGGAACGGAGGGAACGGGAGAGAGAGCAGAGGGAGCGAGAGAGGGAGAGGAUGAUGGCGGCGAGUGCUCAGCAUAUGAUGCACCACUCACUUUCGAGGCCGUUCUUCCCGAUGGGAUUGGCGGCGGGUUUGCCGUCACCGUUGGGGCUUCAGAUGCGUGCGCAAGGGCCGCUUGGAAUGCAGGGUCUGCCGUCGCCCCACCACGGGUUGCAUCCCUCGUUGAGUUUGGGAAUGGGGUUAGGAUUACCACAAGUGCCACAGCAGUCCCAUGCGCCACCGCCGACGAGUCUUGGGGGUCAUCCGGCGGGGAUUCCAACGAGUUUGGCCGCGGCGUACAGCCACAGUCUGCCACCGUCCUCGUCGAUGAGUUCGGGCUAUCACAUGAGCAGCUUGAACUUGUCUCACCCGCAGAACCUCAGCCUCGCUGGCCACAUUCCGCCUCCGGCGCACGGUUCGCUGAAUUUGUCCGCCGCGUCGACGGUCAUUUCUUCGGCUUCCCAGCAGCAACAGCAGCAGCACCACAAUUCGGCCCCGCUCUCCCUCUCGACCAAAUCUCAUCCGAGCGUGGUCAGCAGCGCAAGUUCCGGUCUUCCGCCGCACCACUCGCACUCCCAUCCGUAUUACUCGUCCUCGGGCGGCAGUCCGCUCUCGUUGAGCAGCAAGGUCGGCAGUCGGACCGCGACCCCGCCAAUGACCGCACAAUCACCGUCAGUUCCUCACCAUCCGUCGGCAGCGGCCCCGGCCAUCGGCGGAUCACCACUGUCUGUAAAUAGUACAAACAUCGCUAGUAUUAACCACCAUCCGCACCACCACCGCCAGGGUUCGCCCCAAACGGCACCACCACCCGGCGCUGUGGUGGCCGCACCCAAACCCCGAACCGCUGCCGGUUCUCCACCGCAGCAGCAGCAGCAACCCACUCCGAUCAACCCGCUAGAUAGCAGCAAAACAACUCCGGUGGCACCGCCCGAGGCCAAACCGACCACGACGCCACCGACCGAGGACCGAACCACACCCAAACCAGCGGCCGAUCUCCCCACGGAAAGCAACGGCGCACCACCGCAGCCCCCAACAGCGGAAGAACUCAAACGGGCAACGCCUUCGAACGGAACGGCAGCGGCCGCCACCGAAAACAACAAAGACGACAAACGAAACGAUUCCGCGGCCAAGGAGCAAGAAUCGUUGACGACGACACCGCCAACGGCGGCGACGUCCGACCUGGACAAAAAGUCGUCCCCACCACUCAACGGAGGAGGAGGCAGUCCGGUUCCGGCUGGAACGCCUCCGGCCGUUUCGCAGCCACCUUCUGCAGACAACAACCCAUCGCCCAUCAGCGCCACCGACCAGAACGGGCUUAAUGGCGGCGGCGGGGGUGGUGCCAGCAGCAGAGACGGCACCGGUUCCAACUAUUCCAACUAAAACGCGUGCUCGUUAAACACACAAACACUCAACUCUCAAGAAUUUAUCAAAUAUAGUAAUUACCUACACGCCACAUUUGGACAUUACUGUAUAAACCGCAAAUCGUGUGUUUGUAUAUUGAAAACUAGUUAAACUAAUAAUGGCAGCGCCCACACGGUAAGAAUAACUAAGUGUUGAAUCUUUUUUACUAGAACAAGGUCAAAUCAAAGGGGGAAAAAGUUACAGAAAAAAAUGGAAAAACAAAUUGUGAUAAAUAAAUUUAUUCGAUAGUAUUUGGGAGGCGAAAGGGGGCGAAAAAUAGCAUAAAACAAUUCCGGACUCUUAUUUUGCGGGAAAUUGCGCGGAACAAGCAGAUUAAUUAUACAAAACAGACAAAAAGAAAACUUUUGGCCAUUAUUUCGACACUGUUGGAAGAAGCUAUAGAUAAGAAUUAAAACAAAUAAAGCUAAAUAACUAAACAAGUGAGCACACACCUAUCUAAAGAUACACGGUUAAGCUCCCCUCUCAAUCUUUAGCAAGUCAGUCAAUCAAAUACACACACACUCAAACAUAAACACACAGAAAAAGGAUAAUCGCAAUCUACGGCAUCAAUUGAAACAAACCAAUGUUAAUCAGACUUUUUACUUUCAUCUCAACGACGCAAAACGCAAAAGUGCAGAGUUGUUCAGAGUGUGUGAACAACGCAAAAGCUACACACAAUCUCUUCUUCUUUAAAUUAGAUAACAAAAAAAAAGUCACGCAAAAUGCACACCUACGGAUAUGGAGAUGGAGCAAGUGAGGGUGACUUGGUCGCAGCUGUAAAUAUCAACAUAGAAUUAAACCAAAAAAAAAAACUGCAAACUAAUCGUUACAGGCAUCAACCCAGUGUGUUUAAUUAAUAAAGUAAUUAAUUAAAGCAACUUCAAAGGGGGCAAACAGUGGCGGAGACAAGAGUGAUUCCGCAUUGUCAUUUGUGCCCGUUCGUGCUCAUAUUUGAGACUUUUAUGGGUAUUUUUUGGAUAGGUUAAACUAAACAGAAGAAAAAAACAUAAGAGCAAGUCAAUGCGAUUCGCGUGGGGGGAGUGAAAGGGAGAAAAAAAUGAAGAGAAACUCGAUUAUUUGACGUUUUUGUUCGGUUUUUUGGGCGAAAUUUAAAUAAAGAUAUGAACUUCAAUGUAAA